AUGGAGGCGCACGAGGAGAGGGAGGGGCGCGACCCGGCGGCGCUGAGCCGCUCGCCCCUCGCCGAGCUGUGGGAGGAGGGCGAGGAGGGCGAGGAGGGCGACAGCGACAGCGACGCCGAGCAGCCGACAGCACUCGCCGAGCACACUGGGGGCGGCGGGGAGCGCGGCCUCGCUUCCGAGUGGUGGGCUGGGGCUCGCGAGGCGCGGCUCCGCCCGAUGGCUCCCCCCCUGCCCUCGGCCGAGCCCCGCGCCCUCGACCUCGGCUGCGUCUCGCCGCAGGCGGAGCUGCAGGCGUGGCGCGCCGCGGCGCGGCGAGCGGCGGCUCUCGCGGCGAACGUCGCGGCGGACGAGCGGGCGGCGGCGGCGGCGGCGAUGCGGCGGGAGGAGGAGGAGCGGGAGGCGUCGCGGCGGCGCAAGGAAGUGGAGGCGAAGAUUGGGGCCGAGGCCGUGCGCGCCGCCGCUGCCGCCGCCGCGCGCGCGAACCCGCUCCCGCCAAAGCCGAUCGAGCAGCCCGAGGCGGCGACGACCGGAGCGACCGGAGCCACAGGCGCCGACAGCGUCGGCGCGACUCCGGCGGCCGGGAGAGGCGGCGCCCCCGUCUCGCUGGCGCAGUGCGGCUACUGGUUCGAGGACGCGGGCGAGAGUGUCAAG